AUGUGGUUUGCACCCUCUUUAAUCUCGCUCAUUAUUGGGGCCGCACUCUUCACAGAAGCUUCCCUAUCUGCGGCUCUUGAUGUUCCGAAAGUUUUGGCAAACAUCACGUUCAACGCCUCUGUGAGCCAACACGAGAUCGGUGCGCCUGAAACGGCAGUCAGUGAAGAACGACUGCAUCUUGUUGAGGCGGUUGCUGGCGUGAUCGAGGGCCUGUUGCCCUUCCGUCGGAAUCCGGAGGUACAGCGGCUACUAGAAACACUUGGCGAGCUUGAUUCGAUUGAGGCGGCUUUCACCAAAUUAGGCCUCGGAUCCAUCCAACUUCAGUCAGAUGUUGCUAUUAGAUUGAGGGCCUUUAGCGUCAGCGCGAAGGCCGUUGCCCUCAGUAAAGAGACCAUCGCUGACCUCGAGACCGCAAUUGCGGACCGGAAAAAGUUACGGUUCGACGACUUGAGGAUUCCGGUCAGCAGAAGCGCCGUGGCUGCUACGGACGAUGAACUAGAACGUUUAUACGUUGCGCUUACUGUCAAUAAGAAUGCCCUUGCUAACAGCGAGAGCGUCCUUGCUGACAGCAAGAGGGCCGUGUCCAACUAUUUCGAACGUGCCGAGUUCAGGGCCUGGUAUGAGCAUGCUAAAAAAGCGUCACGUGUGGGUACACCAGAGCCUACCAUGUACAACGUUCUGUAUGACACGUUCGAUGUGCGAGAAAUCGCAGUAAUGAUCGAGUCGUCGCUGUCCGAAGGCAGUGCAAUAGGUCAAAAACUGCAAAACGAGGAGUUUGACACUUGGUUCAAUGGCUUCAUAAUACUGGACAAAGCGAGUGCGUGCAAAAUGCUCCGUACUGCAGAGAAUGUCAUUGAGUUUAAGAUCCCUGAUUCGAUGAUCGAUAAAAUCGGGGAAAAGUUCGAGCUCUACUGCAAAGAUAAAAGGAAGGGGACGUUCAUCUAG